AGCGGGUAAUGCACAGAUCAAGUCAAACACACAGCACGUUAAACGCAGUAGGAUCAGUGCAGCGCGUCAGUGGAGAGGUCAUUUCAGGACUGUUGAUGGUGGCACACUGCAGAUGGACUGACCACAGCACCAUAUGGGACUUGAUUCACCUUGUUUACCUCCUGAGGAACAAACCAGCCUCUGUGAUUUAUUGUGUUCGGGGUCUUUACGCGCAACCAUCGCGUCCUUCCACCCACUAUAGAAGACCCACUCUCCAUAUUGGCCCACAUUCCCCCCUUUUGCGAUGAAUUUCGACCAGAUCCUCUCUGCCAUCGGAGGCUUUGGCAGAUAUCAGAAGAUUCUGUACGUAUGGAUUUGUUUACCCCAGAUUCUCCUCGCCUUUCACAUGAUGGUGAGCAUCUUCACAGGAGCCACGCCGCCGCACCGCUGUCGAGGCUUCAACUCGAGUUCAGUGGCCGCAGAUCGGUCCUCGGUCCCGGGGAGCGUGAACUUCAGUCUCCUGUACUCCCCCUGCUCCUCCACUGGCGUCCCGCUGCAAGACAACCGGACGGAGCGCGUUCCGUGUGGCCGAGGAUGGGUGUACAGCCAGGACACUUUCCAGAGCACCACGGUCACAGAGUGGGACCUGGUGUGCGACAAAGCUGGACUGAACAGCCUGGGCUCGUCCAUCUACAUGUUUGGCCUGUUGGUGGGGUCUGUGUUAUUUGGAGCCAUGGCUGACAGGUACGGCCGACGUUUCGUCCUGCUGCUGUCCAUCGCUCUUCAGACUGUGUUUGGAGUCGCUGUUGCCUUCGCACCCAAUUUCCUCGUCUAUAUGAUUCUGCGCUUCUUGGUUGGCGCCACGAUAUCUGGAGUCAUCAUCAAUGCUUUUGUACUUGGCACUGAGUGGACUUGCACUAAGAGACGCAUGCUGGCCGGUAUCAUCACGGAUUAUGCUUUCGGCCUGGGCUACAUGCUGCUAGCAGGCGUGGCAUAUCUCAUCCGAGACUGGAGAAAGCUGCAGCUGGCUAUAUCAGCUCCAGGCUUCCUCCUCAUCUUCUACAUAUGGGUGGUCCCUCACUCUGCCAGAUGGUUGUUGGCCAACGACAGGAGAGAGGAAGCCAUCGCACUCCUCCGCAAGGCAGCGCUUGUUAAUGGUCGAGUUUUACCCCCAGCCACACAGGUUGAAAAGUGUGAGAUUAUAGGUGGAAGGACGCAAAGUUACUCAGCGGUGGAUCUUGUUCGGACCCCUCAGAUGAGGAAGAGAGCUCUCAUCUUGUUCUACAUCUGGUUUGUGAAUGUGCUGGUUUACUAUGGGCUUUCUCUGGGCGUGUCCAGGUUAGGGACUGAUCUCUAUCUGAACCAGUUUGUGUUCGGGUUGGUUGAGAUUCCGGCUCGCACUCUGGUCCUGCUCGUCCUGCCCCGCAGCCGCCGACUCUCCCAAACAGGCUUCCUGGCUAUUGGAGGCCUCGCCUGUCUGCUAAUGCUCACCGUCCCUGAAGGUCAGCCCAAUGUCGUGACUGGUCUCGCCAUGUUGGGGAAGUUUGGUAUAACUGCUUCCUUUGCUGUCAUUUACGUGUACACUGCUGAGAUAUUCCCCACUGUGAUACGGCAAACCGGAAUAGGUGUCUCCUGCAUGUUUGCCAGGAUUGGUGGUGUGUUAGCACCCAUCAUCAACAUGCUUGAUACCCACAACUCCACAAUACCUCUGGUUAUCUUCGGUAUCUCCCCGCUGCUGGGUGCCGUCCUGGCCCUGGCGCUGCCAGAAACUGCCAACAGACCUCUUCCUGACACGGUGGAGGACGUAGAGAACUGGGACAUGAUGAGGUCGCUUCCCGCCAAGGACAACCCUGAGAAGUGUGAGUCUGUCAGCCAAUCAGCCAGCAGCACAGAGGAGCGGGAGCUGCAGCAUCUAGCGAGCCAGAUCUGACCUGUCUGUUUAAACUGAUGCCAUUAUUCACAAAUGAAUACAGCCUUUGACAGCUGAUACACUUCACACUUCUUCAAACAUCCUCUAUGCAAUAACAUGUCAGGGACUGAAGAAACGCUCUAUGCAAGAAACUCAAACACAUUUCAUUUACCAAACUAGUAUGCACGUGCAGUUGCAGGCGUAUGUGCAGAAAGCAGGCAUUGUUCUGCCGAGGCAAAUCAACAGCCGACCGUCACCAAUCCUUAGUCAGGAAUAGUCCUGUUUCAGUCUAGUUUAUUCCUCAUACCUCAGAAAUCAACACUUGAAAUAUAUUCUUGAGAAUUAUUUUGAAUUAAGAAGAAUCAGUGUGAUGAUAAAAAAUUACCACAUGGACAUGAAAUCCAGUUAAAUUUCAGGGCUGAUGAUUUAAUUACGCUAUGAUUUGGGCAUUUCAUGAAAGCACUUUCAUAUUUUGUACAGAAAUGUAUGUGGACCGUUUGUGGUACCUUUAUACUUGAACUAGCGACUGACUCAUUUUCCACUCAUUUCAAGACAAGUGGAAUACGACUGGUCAUGCAAUCAUACCUUCACUACGCCUUUUUUUUUUAGAGUACAGUAGCUCAUUUGUUUUGUUUUGUAUGAAAACUGUGAUGUGACCAGUAGGUGAAGGGAUAUUUGUGUCAUUUUGUGGAGGUUUCCUCUUCUCAUGUAAAAUUACUUGCUAUAAUGACUUGGAUCUGUGGAUUAUCUAGUGUAUUUUUAAAGUGUUUAAGGGCUGUUUUUGUAAAUAUGUUACAUGUGUGAUACAUGAAGAAAAAACACCAGCAUGGGUCAGAAGCACAGGUCAUGUAGUAUCUAAUGUUUCUCAGGAAAGGUUUUUUUUAUUCGUCUAUAACUAUCAAUACCUAAAACUAAAGAAACUCACAGUUAUUAUGAUUUGACAAGUGUGUGUGAAGGGGGAUACGCUUGUAUUUCACUGCAUGAAUUUAGAGAGCAUGCCUUACUGCCAUCCACAGCAUGUGGGAUUGUUAGAUUAACCAGAUAUGUCACUCAGACCAGCAAAUGGCUUCUCCAGUUUUAAUUUUUAUUGGAUUGAUUUCUGCCUGAUGCAUUAGCAACAAUGUAAAUUAUAAAACAAUUAUGAACAACAAAUGCAACUUUGUGAUUGAAAUGUACUUUGUACAGCUAAAAUGAAGGCACUGUUCACAUGUGCUGCCUGCAAUAAACUUGUCAAAAACCAAUGUUUAACAAAGUGAACUGUGUGUCUUUGUGCAAACUCUUGUGUUUCAGUUCACUCAGUUCAGACUUGGUGUUAACAUCUGAGAGAUACGAUCACAAGAGGAGAGGGUUAAGUACGUGUGUUCACACCUGGCAUUAAAAUUUGAGAGAGUGAGACAGAGCAAUUAAAGAAGCAUCAAUCAUUAUGUGGCAAUGGGUGAAAACAAAUCAUUGUAUAGACAGAGUGAAGUGUAAAAACACUUAUGAUUCAUUGUGAAACUGAAGCUGGUCAGAGACGUCAGAGGACUUGGCAGUUCUUAAUAUGGGGCCCAGGAUGGAUUCGUCUUGAGUGAUUGGAUCUCAGGACAUAUUUGGGUGCG